AGCCUCACUCCGGGCAGAGACCAGCUGGGCCGCGGGCCUCUUGCCGAGAUGCUGGGCCGUGCAGUCUGGUCCUCUGUGAGGCAGGGGCUUGGUAGGGGCUUGUCCAGGAAUGUGGGGGGCUGGGCCUCAGGGGAGGGGAGGAAGGUGGACAUUGCAGGCAUCUACCCCCCUGUGACCACCCCCUUCACGGCCACGGCAGAGGUGGACUAUGGGAAACUGGAGGAGAAUCUGCACAAAUUGGGUACUCUCCCCUUCCGAGGCUUCGUGAUCCAGGGCUCCAAUGGCGAGUUCCCCUUCCUGACCAGCAGCGAGCGGCUGGAGGUGGUGAGCCGAGUCCGCCAGGCCAUGCCCAAGGACAAACUCCUGCUAGCCGGCUCUGGCUGCGAGUCCACCCAAGCCACUGUGGAGAUGACUGUGAGCAUGGCCCAAGUUGGGGCUGACGCCGCCAUAGUGGUGACACCUUGCUACUAUCGUGGCCGCAUGAGCAGUGCUGCCCUCAUUCACCACUACACCAAGGUCGCUGACCUCUCCCCAAUUCCUGUGGUGCUCUACAGUGUCCCAGCCAACACGGGGCUGGACCUGCCCAUGGAUGCAGUGGUCACGCUCUCCCAGCACCCAAACAUCGUGGGCAUCAAGGACAGUGGUGGCGAUGUGACCAGGAUGGGACUGAUUGUUCACAAGACCAGGAAGCAGGAUUUCCAGGUGUUGGCUGGAUCAGCUGGCUUCUUGCUGGCCGGCUAUGCCGUGGGAGCUGUGGGGGGUGUAUGUGCCCUGGCCAAUGUCCUGGGGGCUCAGGUGUGCCAGCUGGAGCGACUCUGCCUCACGGGGCAAUGGGAAGAUGCCCAGAAACUGCAGCACCGCCUCAUUGAGCCAAACACUGCGGUGACCCGGCGCUUCGGGAUCCCGGGGCUGAAGAAAACCAUGGACUGGUUUGGCUACUACGGAGGCCCCUGCCGUGCCCCCUUGCAGGAGCUAAGCCCCAUGGAUGAGGAGGCGCUGCGUAUGGAUUUCACCAGUAAUGGCUGGCUCUGAGGGUGAGGCAAGGAUGCACCUGGCCUGAGCCUGUCUCAUCUUCCUGCCUUAUACCUGCAGCUGAAGAGCCACAUGGGAGUAUGAGGGUUCAAGGCCGAUUUCCCUGCUUCAGUCCUCCAGGUAGCCUUUCCCAGGCUCUGCCAUGCACACCCAUUUCCUAUUCGUAUAGCCCCAUGAUUGCUGGCAUUUGUAUCCUAAACUUCGGCUCUUUAGAGACCUUCAGUCUGAGAAGGAGCAAUUGCGUGUUCCUCUACUGUGCUUUCCCGUGCCCCAGGACACGUGAUUAGGAGCCAGAUGGAAAGAGCAGGGGGGCAGCUGGACACAAGUAAGGGUAUCUAGUUUACUGAUGGGAUGACCGCUUAGGCUUGGGGGUACACACCUGAGCCCAGUACACAGUGCAGCAGGGAGCCAGGGCUGUUCCUAAGAACCUGACUCCUUCCAGGGGAAUGUGGUGGGUUCAGAAACCUAAUCAGAAAUGUGUCACUGGCCUUUUCAAAAGGCCCCCAAGCUGCCUUCCAGACACAGUGUCCUUUCCUCAAUCCAUUUUGAUCAUCUCAUAUUCUCAUCUCUAGCCUUGAUCUCAGCCUUGGAGCUCCCUGGGACAGCCAUGGAGCUUGCCACAGUUGGUGAAUAAUGACACCUGGUGGAUGUUACAUUCUCAGAAACUUCUAGCCAACCUAGGUUGCAAACAGUAGGGAAGGAAACUUGGUCUGAGACCUAGCCAUCCUCUUGCCUUAGGCACUGUGCUUUUGUUGUGAAAAAUAAUCCUUUGCUCUUACAAUAAAGUUGAAUAAGUGAAAACAGUGUGGCCACGUACAAACUAAUACCGCACUGCCAUGCAGGUUUAGUUCUCUGGCCUAGAUGUCAAGGACCUUCCUGGGGGCAAUUUGACUUUCAAGGUCUGCUUUUUCCCAGCUCUCAGAGAAGCCCUAACAUCUAGGUAUUAGAUCAGUGGUGGCCUAAGGGAAAGGCAUGUGGAAGUUUUGAGUGAGCGGUAGGAAGCAAAAAGGUGCAUCUGAGAUGCUUGGAAACUGUCAAAAAGGCUGCUCUCUCCAAAAAUGUUUAACCUUAUCCAGUGAUACUUGACUAGUAUAGCAGUAAACCAGAGAUGACUUUUUAAAAAAAAUCAUUCUGGGUGUGGGUACCUGGGUGGCUUAGUGGUUGAGUGUCUCCCUUUGGCUCAGGUUGUGAUCCAGGGGUCCUGGGAUCGAGUCCUACAUCAGGAUCCCCAUAGGGAGGGAACCUCCUUCGGCCUAUGUAUCUGCCUCUCUCUGUGUCUCUCAUGAAUAAAUAAAAUCUUUUUCAAAAAUUGCUCUGGGGGAUCCCUGGGUGGCGCAGCGGUUUGGCGCCUGCCUUUGGCCCAGGGCGCGAUCCUGGAGACCCGGGAUCGAGUCCCACAUCGGGCUCCCAGUGCAUGGAGCCUGCUUCUCCCUCUGCCUGUGUCUCUGCCUCUCUCUCUCUCUCUCUCUCUCUGUGACUAUCAUAAAUAAAUAAAAAUUUAAAAAAAAUAAAAAUUGCUCUGGCUAAAAACAAAGG